AUGGUGUGCGUGGCAGUUCGUCAGGUGCAUGGUGCAUCUGCUGCCAUGGAAACGGUAGCGCCUCUUCCUCAUGUGGUGGAAUUGAUGGCGGCGAAAAACUACAAUGGUGUCGUGCGGUUCUAUGAGGCAUCCUUUCUCGCGGACCGCAUGUCGUUGCAGGAGUUUGCCGGUGGAGCUUGUCAGGCGCGGGACAUGGCGGUGUGUUUGAUGCGCACGUUCACGGCGCUGGGUCGCAUGGAUCGGGUACGUGAGGUCUUUACCGUUGGGCUACGCGAUUUUGCAGGGGGCAGGGGCGAAGGUGGCCGUGACUUGCCUCUUCUGAAUACAAGUUUCUUUAACGCCUAUUUGGAGGUGCUGACACAGCGGAAGAACUUUUCGCGGGAUGAGGUUAUGUUUGUUUUGCGGGAGAUGAAAGCCGUGUGUGUCCUCCCUGACGCGUUGACGUACCACUAUCUUAUUGAGCUGCACAUCCGCAUGGGCGUUGACCCGGUUGGGCUGUGGUACGAGAUGCGCCGUGACUCGAUGAUGCAACCGCUGCCGUGCACAGUUCAGGUCCUCUUGCUGCAUGUUGUGCCCUCCUCGCCGGACGCGUCCUUCGUGGUGGAUGUCACGCGCGAGGCCCUUCGUCACGGGGGUAGCGUGAUGGACAGAAGACUGCUCGCGCAGAUGAUGGAGCAGUGGCUUCGCAAUGCGCAGGAGUAUCCGCCAGAGUACGUCCUCUGGCUCAUGUUUGAGCUGGAGCUGCGUUGUGUUCUUGACAAGACCUCUUUUGUACAGUUUGUACAGAAACAACAUGUGGCAGAGCUGCUGCAGCGCUGUGCGAAGUGCGCCGACGCUGACACGGCCGGUAAAGUCCUCGCCAUGAUGGAUCGGCAUGUCAUGACCAAAACUGCCGAUGUUCUUAGUCUAGUUGUGUGGUGUUGGGCGCAGGCGUUGGAGCUGGAGAAGGCAUUUGACUUGCUGGAGCUGAUGUCCCGAAAAGGACACUUGGAGCUGACAGACCCGUUUAAGAAGUGCACGGUAGAUUGUCUGCGGCAAGUGAUGGAUCGCCACUUCAUGAUGGCGUUGGCGGACGCCAUGAGCACCACGGCGUUGCUGGACCGCGUGAUGCAGCAUCUGCGCGCACGACGCCGUGGUGGGCAAAUCGUCUCUGCACAUUCGCUGGAUCUUGUCGUGCUUGCCGCCGCGAAGUUGGGCGAGGACAGGCGGGCGAUGUCGCUUGUCGGCGACUACAUGGCAGGUUGGGGCAUCCAGCCACGCACGAACACGUACAAUUGCCUGCUGGUUGGGCUCUCGACUCAGCGUGGGGCGUCGCUGCAGCGCACCAUCUACGACGCCAUGCUAGAGAACGGCGUGGUGCCAAACGCCUUUACGUUCCGCGUUCUCAUCCGACAGGCCGUUCUUGCAGACAGCAUCGAUGAGGCACUUGACUUCCUGCAACGGGUGACAUCCCACGCGGGGCUGCGGGUGGAGGUGGAGAUGGUGCUGCCCAUCAUCGAGCGCGCCGCACGCGCCGGGGACGCAGAAACGGUGAAUCGCGUGAGCCAGUUUGCCCUCGACUGUGACAUUGGCAUCGACGCCGUGGUCCUGAAUGGCGUGGUGAAACUGCUCGCAGAGGCUGGGCAGGAGGUGGAGGUGAUUAAAGGGCACCAGCCGCUGCAUGAGGCACUCCGCUCACGUUCCAAGACGGGGCGGCAGCGCGCACGAAACGAGAUCACCGCGUAG